AUGGGCGUCAUCGGACGUCGAGAUCGUAGUGAUUCUCGUGCGUCAGGAUUCUUGCCCCGUCGCCCAUCUUUGGUCGACACUCCUGUUCCAAAUGUGACAGAAAUACCGAUCGAGCGGGCCAAUCAUGGCAGUAAUCCAGACACUUCAGGACUCGAGCCUUCGAUUCACGGCGGGUCGAGCUUCAGAACUCCGACUCGGUCAUUCUACCAUCGGUCCUUCAAAGGUCCCCAGGAUCCGGCACACUAUUCAUCGGAGGGUCUGAGAGAACAAACAGCCGAAUUAGCAUCGUUUGCGCUAUCGCUUCCUCACGAACGGAGCUCUCUUUCGCGAAGCCUGGAUAUCUUUCAAUCGAAACAACAGACUGAUGUCGCUGCACCCUCGUCAAGCUACGACAGCACUGCAGGGGAUCUGACUAUUGUUGAACCGGAACCGAUCCACGCUCCUGCUACCGGCUCCUCGGUAUUGACUCAGAUGAUUCGCAGUCCUCCCUCUGAAUCGGUCGGGGACGACACCGACCACUACGGAGGUAAGCUGUGCCCAAAAGACGCGGCUGGUGUGGAAAACCCAAGGCCCUUGUUUAAUGAUGGCGAAGAAGAAAACACAAGUACUGAACGGACAUCGUUGCUGAAUAAGACGGCGCAAUCUAAACCAUUCCAUGGAUAUGGGGUUGCAGACGAUAUUGAAAGCCAGGACUUACUGAGAGAGCGCGAGCAGGGCGGACAGCCUCACGCUCUAGCAACGAUCAGAAGCUGUCUUCGUCUGAUAGCAAGCCCAAAGUCUUGGGAUGGGAGAGCAGUAUGGCAGCACGGGGUGGUUUAUCCCGCCAGCCUGCUACCUUCUGUGUUCCUCGGGCUACUGCUGAAUAUCCUCGAUGCGCUCUCCUACGGAAUGAUCCUGUUUCCGCUUGGAGAGCCUAUCUUCUCUGAUCUGGGGUCAGACGGAAUCUCGAUGUUUUAUGUCAGCACAGUCAUUGCUCAGCUGGUCUUCUCAUGCGGAGGGUCAAUCUUCCGUGGCGGUAUCGGGAGUGAAAUGAUCGAGGUUGUUCCAUUCUUUCACAAGAUGGCCAUGACAAUUCUAGUUCGGGUUGGCGAGGACAAUCCGAAAUCUGUCCUCGCCACAACCAUUCUCGCAUUCUCCGCCAGUUCUGUUCUUACGGGACUUGUCUUUUUCCUGAUGGGGACGUGCAAGCUUGGUUCUCUCAUCGGGUUCUUCCCGCGUCAUAUUUUGAUUGGAUGCAUUGGCGGUGUAGGAUUCUUUCUGAUGCAGACCGGUGUCGAGGUAUCUGCUCGACUAUCCGGGUCUCUCGAACUUAACGGACCAACCUUGCAGAAGCUUUUUCAUAUGGAUACAUUUCUGCUUUGGAUGAUACCCUUGUUGCUUGCUAUUGCUUUUCUUGUUUUGAAGCGCUUUGUGCGGUCCAAUUUCCUAGUCGGUGGUUAUUUCAUUGCGGUAGGCGUGGUUUUUUACAUCGUCAAAUUCAGCGCGAGAGUAUCUAUGGAUACCUUGCGUAGCAGAGGAUGGGUCUUUGACGCUCCGUCGUCUUCCAACCCUUGGUAUCACUUUUAUACGCUCUAUGAUUUUUCGGCCGUCGACUGGUCCGCAUUCGUUGAUACGAUUCCAGCGAUGUUCGCAUUGACGUUCUUCGGAGUCCUUCACGUCCCAAUCAAUGUACCGGCACUGGGUAUAUCGACUGGGGAGGACAAUCUCAGUGUUGAUCGUGAGCUCAUCGCUCAUGGCGUUACUAAUGCACUGUCAGGUUUCGCGGGAAGCAUACAGAACUACCUUGUAUACACUAAUAGUCUUCUUUUCAUCGCUAGCGGUGGCAAUUCUCGACUGGCAGGUAUCAUGCUUGCCUUUGCUACAAUGGGUAUUCUUGUCGUUGGUCCGGUGAUUAUUGGAUUUAUUCCCGUCAUGGUUGUUGGAGCUCUCAUCUUCAUGCUGGGCAUUGAGCUGAUGGAAGAAGCUUUGGUCGACACGUGGGGGAAAUUGCACCGACUAGAAUACUUGACAGUCGUCAUUAUCGUCGUCACCAUGGGUGCUUGGGACUUUGUGGUUGGCAUUUUUGUCGGAAUCAUCUUGGCAUGCGUGAGUUUUGUGGUGCAAACCUCGCGCAAGUCAGCCAUCAGGGCUACAUUUUCUGGCAAGAUUACAGGCUCAACUGUCAGGAGACCUCCCAUCCAGCAGCGAUUCUUAAAAGAGGCCGGGCAGCAGACACUCAUCAUCAAGCUUGCUGGCUAUCUAUUCUUUGGGACGAUAGUCAGCGUUGAAAGUACCAUGCGGGGACUCAUUGAAGAGGAAGCUUUCGACAGACGACCCAUCCGGUUCCUCAUCCUGGAUUUCUCGCGAGUGUACGGGCUGGACUUUUCCGCGGCAGAAGCGUUCACGCGUAUAAACCGGAUUCUCCGAAGACGCAAUGUGCAGAUGACUAUAUCCGGGCUUGAUAUGACGAGUGAAGUGGGCAAGAGUCUUCAGAACGUUGGGCUUCUUGCAAGCGAGACCGGCGUUGAGAUUUUCAAAGACCUCAAUUCGGCUCUUGAAUUUUGCGAGAACGAUUACCUCAAGGUCUUUUACAACCAUCGCGAGGCAUUGAUACGGAAGAAGAGCGGAUCGUCGCCUUAUCUUGAAGUUCCUGUGUCCCAGAAUCAAUUGCAGGCCGCUGAAGGAAUUGUUGGCUCUCCCCGCCGGCUGUACCUCCAGCAAGCUGCAACGACUACUCUGCGUGAGGAGGAGACGGCAGCAAUGGCUUCGGUUGCCUGGUCGGCGAUGCGACAGCCGCUCCCUUUGCUCCUGCAGACCUUCCAGGGGCUCACCACCAAGAACGAGGAUUUUUGGUUCAGGGCAUGCCCAUAUUUUGAUCGAGUCUGCUAUGCUGCAGGUACCGUGCUGUUCCAAGAGGGCGACUUACCUGAAGGGUUUUACCUCCUCGAGUCUGGCAUGCUCCGAGCUGAAUAUGAGCUACCUCAAGGCCAUUAUUUCGAACUGAUCGUGGCGGGACGGCCGUGUGGCGAGCUGCCGUUUUUCAGCGAAACCCGACGGACUGCGACGGUCAAGGCGGAACAGGACUGCGUGACCUGGUGUCUGAAUGCCGAAAAAUGGAAGCAGUUGAAGGAAGAAGAGCCCGAGAUCGCGCAGGAAUUGUUGACAGUGAGCUUGAAAUUGACGAGUGAGAGAAUGGACAGCAUCACAUCGUAA